UGCAGGCCGUCCGUCCGCCGUCGGAGCAAGGCUACGGGUUCACGACAAACGAGCGAAGCAACAUUUCCAUUAAUACUACAGUAAUGUGACGUGUUUUUCCUGACAGUUUUCUCUGAAUUUCGUCAAAGAAACCGAGGAGCCUGCCCUAGAAAUUAGGCCAUUUGAUUGAAUGAUGAUUUAAGGGGGAUUUAGGGUGCACGUGAAGGCAUUUUCAGGUCAUAAAUUGAUGUUAAAACGGGAGAUAAUUCCACUCUACUAUUUCAAUGGACCAAGAUCACCCGUAUGCAGUUGGAACUUGUUGAUGAUCACCUGUUGGGAUUGUUCCACCGUAGGAGUGGAGCUGAACACAUUAUUAGAAUUCCCACCAACAAAACUUUGUUAGUUGAAACUAAAUGUCACGAUCAACUUAUGCAAGUCCAACUACAAUUAGCCAGUUUGGCCAGUGCGUAAGCGUACACAACUACAUGAUUUAGUCCAAGUCAGGAACUCACUCAUACUCAGGAAUGGCGGAUUACAACCAUAUUACCUUAGGCUCCAUGGUAGUGGGCCUGGUCAGCAUGCUCUCUGGUAUUACAUGCAGCCAGAUAUGUGAGCCACAACAACUAACGAGUCCACAUAGUGUGCAUGCAUACAGCGAACAGCCCAUGUCAUGCUUAUCGGGUUGUGUUGCUGCUUCGCCCAACACUCAAGACCCAGAAGUCCAUAUUAUAAAUCUACGCUCGUCAACGCCACCACUAUUUUCUACUUCAUCUUCGCAGUUAAACCCUCAGAAUACCAUAGACUUCAAUUUUAAAUCAAAGCAGGGAGGUAUUUUAGCACGGAACCUUGUCUUCGUAUUGAACUCUGCCGCUCCGGUGUUGUGGCGAGUCAAGGGAGAGAACAUUUUUCCUAUUCCCCUCUAUGAUAUAAAAAUUGUGGUACCACAUAAUACCUCAGUUACGUGGAACAGUGAGAUCUCAAUUAAUAUCAUUAAGACAGCUCUACCUCAAGACAACACCAACCUCUUAAAUUUUGUUCAAGAACAUUAUGACAGUGCCGCCACAUUUAGUGAGGUGCUUGAUGCAAAUGCCUUGACCCUUCUUGUUGGGGCAGGCAUCAAAACUCCAUCCGUCUGUGUGAUCUCACCGGGUUUCCAAACACUAGACUUCACCGCCAAGCAUGUCGUAGAGCAGCCCAUCACUGGCUGCGAGGUACAAGAAACACUAGGCUCCUUGCAGACAGAAUUCCACAUUAUUCUCCUUCAUGCUGGCAGCGGAGCCCAGAGCAGCGCCUCGGUACCCGUCUUGGUGGAGAUUAAGUUUGGUCGGAGCAGUGACAACAUGGCUGAUAUUAUACUGGUGUUGGUGGCCGAGGGUAAUGUGACGUGGAGAGUGCAAACGGGUUUAAGGAGCGGAAUGUUGCAAGUUGUGAGUCCAAACUUGGUUGAUGUAGAGGAGGAUCUUCUUAAUGCAGUAGAUAUACAAGAAGUGCCGAGAACCAGUGAAGGGUUAUUGGCAUGGGCAGCUACAAGAGAUUGGCCGGUAACCUCCUUCACAAGAGCCGAAUCUGCCAACAAGUUUGUGGUGAUGUCAGAGCAUCAAAACACGCCCACAAGAGAACCCGCAUCCAGACUAAAGAUGCUACAAAAAUUCACAGUGAUUAAAUGCCAUCGCAGCGGGAUCCAGGUUCGAAUCCUGCAGUCUGUGAUGAGCGUGUACGGAUUGAACGCAGAGAACAUGAUGUUGAGAGAUCGGUCCUGUGGCGCGGUGGAGUCGGGACCGUACUACGUGAUUGACACACAGAAGGAGCAGUGCGGGAGCGAGAUGACCUUGUUAGUGGAUGGCGAGGUGCUUUUCAAUAACGAGGUGAUUUACACUAACUCUGAGAGUGUUAUGGAGGGUAGCGGUGAGUUAGAUCGAGACCGGCUAAUGGGCAGACCACCAAUCGAUGAUGAGCAAGGUCUCUCCUACACGGUCCCCAUCAACUGCAAGUAUCUGACCAAUGGAGACUCGGUUACCAGCUCAUUACCAAAUCAGGUUACCAUUAGCAUGAAUAUGUACACAGGGAACGACUAUCAACAGAAAGUGCAGGAGUAUCCACACAGUGUGCAGGUUGGGGAGCGAGUCUAUUUGGAGGUGUCAUUGAGGAGCGAUACUCUGCUGAAUGUUGUACCAAAGCAAUGUUGGUUGUCACUUCCUGGAGAGGAACAACUUCUUAUUCAACAAGGUUGCGCCAUGACCGAGUCGCUCAUAUUCCACCGUGGGAGCUUAAACUCUGAUCAGAUGAGAAGGUUUAGCUUCGAGAUACCAGACACCGUCUUUGUUAAAUGGCCUUACAAUGUUCAUUGUGUGCUUGGUAUGUGUUCACGAAAUGGACUGGAUGGCAUUGGUGACGAAAAAGAAAUACCUCAGUGUACCUCGAUACAGGAUCCAGUGACAGGCUGUCUGAAUCCUCUACAUGCGGACAGCAUGCUGACUCAGGCAAUAAACCUUGGUCCCUUCCAGAUAGUGACUUCAUCCAUCGUUACUCCGUCUAAAGAGGACAAAGACAUCCCAAAAGCAGUUGAAGGUACUGGGUGCAAGGAAUUGACGAGUCAGGCCAAAGAUGAUUGCCAAGUGGAUGGAUUAGCAACAGGACCAGCAGUAGUUAUUGUGGUUGUGUCAUUCAUCAUGGGUAUGGUGCUUAUGGCAGCUCUAUGGUUCAUUCAUACGCACACAGGUCCGCACACGGGACCCCCGCCAUCAGCAUCACCAGGUACGGUCAGCACUGCCAGCUCACCAUCAGCCAACGGUCACCUCAUGAAUGGACACAUCCCAAACGGUGCCAUCCCAAACGGGGUCAUUCCAAACGGGGUCAUUCCAAACGGUAUGAUCCCUAACGGCACAAUACCCAACGGGAACAUCCCAAGCGGGUUUAUGCCAAGCAAACUUAAUCCCAACGGAAUCCCACUGCAUGGGAUGAGACAUGUUGACCCGCUACCGGAGGAGGUAUGAGAUGUGUUUACAUCACAAGAGAGGGCGCUCUACUCGCUAAUCAUGCUACCUGAUAACCAUCACUGAUUUUGUGCGACGUUGCGUCGGUGAGUCGUGCGUUUAUGAACAGUGCCAUCGUUUGACAACCCCCGACCAGGCAACAGACAUUUUUUUGCAGAGUACGCUUCUUAUGUGAUUGAGUUAUGUUGUUGAAGUUUAUAUUUUCUACCUCCUUGCUUUAUACAAACCUUGUGCAUGUGUUGACACGAUCCACAUGCAGUCAUUUUGAUGAUCAUCUGUGCUUAUUGAAAUAGAACGUCAGGACGCCACGCAAGAUUCAGCAUCUUUCCUCUGGUGCAGGAAGAGAGCCUUGUGUGCUACAAACAUUUAAUCAGAGUGUUGCAGUUAGUAAGUUUGGGCAACUUAUCAAGAAAAGAAUCGUCUGUUCAAACCUUAAGUUUGAAAUUUCCAAAUAGACCUCAAGUGUAUGAUGUGAUUCUCAUAGAGGUCAAAAGAAGGGUGCUCCUUGGUCGAUCCUUGAUGGAAACAUACCUGGGUGUUGGUGAACACACCUUAACGUUUUGGAGCAUACCUGGGCAUUGGAGAACAUAUCUUGGCGUAGGCAAACGCACUUGGGUGUUCGCAAAGGCACCAGGGCAUCGGUGAACAUGCUUGGGUGUUGGCGAAUAUACCUGCGUCUCUCUAUUGUUUCUUCACCAUUUUACCUCUUAGAUGGCAUCCAGAUGAGGCUAGUACAUAAGGUUUAGUGAACAUGAUGCAGAAAUGUAUGAAGAGACACAUCACGCUGGUAUUGUGGGAACAAGAUGAUCAAAGACUGCUCACUCCCAACUGGGAGAUACUCAAUUAAAGUAGGUGAUCACCAAAAUGACUUUAUUGCAGAUUUUGUGAUUGUUGGCGUACGUGCACAUGAUUACAAGAUCUCUGGAUUAAGAAGCAACCAUUUUAGAUAGUUAUAACGCUAUUGUACAUAAGCUGGAUGGACAUACCUGCGCUGGUAGUUUUUAAUAUGCUGCUGUUUUUUAUUUUAUUUUAACGAACAAUUUGCUGCUAAUGUACAUUAAAAAAAUUGUAUGAUUGUGUUGUCGGGAAAUCCAAGUCAUUUAAACCCCUUUUACCAUCGAUGCAAACUCCUUCCUAACGGACCCUUUGCUCAGAAAAACACGCUGGAUUAUUUUCCCUUGAAAUUUAAAAAUAUUGGCAGCUGAGUAAUAUUUUUUGUACAAAAAUUCCCUCACACAAUCAAUGUUUGCGUAACAUCAACAAGUUUUAUCAUUUAUAGAAACUUUCCCCUAGGAAUAAUCAUGAAUGGUGCAAAAAUUGUUUAAACAGACCCUAAUUUAAUGUAGACUUGCCCAAUGAAAGGACACAACUUUUCUCUAGUUUUCAUCCUUACUUGUCAAUUCCUGAAUUGACUGCAAAACCAUUUUCUGAAAUGCAACAUCUGAUUCUAUCCAACCUUUUUGAUAGAAUUUUAACUGAGACUAUUCAUAAAACGUCAUCUCGGGGCCAAUGUUAUAAAGCUGUUUAAGCAGAAAAUACCACUUGACAAAAUAAUGUCUUAGCUAAGCAAAAAUUGAGUGGGGCACCAGUCACAACAAUGCAAAUUUAUUUUAAUGGCUGGUAACCAGUUUCUGCUAAGCAAUUCUUUUCUGUGAUUAUUAAGAUGUUGUGCUUACAGGCUUUAUGAAACUUGGCUCAGUAGACCACUGGAGCCAGUAGCUGCUAAGCUAGACCACUGGAGCCAGUAGCUGCUAAGCUCACAAAUUUCUCAAAGGAGAAAACAUGAAAACUUGGUCAAUGACAGGGUCUCUUUGUUUUAUUUGAGUUUGUAAGAUUGCGGGGGCAAAAUCAAUUUUGAAAAAAGUGCAGCUGAACCCAUCCAUGAAUAUUAUUAAUUGAUAAUUUAGCCCAUUUUUAUUCUUUAGGUAUAGGAAUCACUGAAGAGAGAGAGAGAGAGAGAGAGAGAAAAACAAGAAGAGAAUUUGAUGAUCGUUUUUAUGUAUUUUAAUUUUAUAGAGGAAGUUAAAAGGUAAUAUGUUGCAGAGUUCAAUAAGUUUGCUUUUUUGAUAAUUUGAUUUGAUAUCAAAGAAACAAAAGACGGAACGUGCCAUGAUGGAGUAACUUUAAACAUCUCAGGCUGAAGUAAACAAUUCUGAGAAAAGUCCCCUGUGGAAGUGUAUUAUUUGCUUGUAUUAAUUGGGAUUAGCAUCGCCAAGGUAACUACAGAUUGUAUUACAGACUUAUUCGGACUAUACAAAACUGGCUCAAUUUCAUAGAGCUUGUAUUGAGCAAAUCUACCAAUUUUUAUUUUAUUUUUUAAAUUAUUAUUGAAAAGCUGCCAUACUCAACAAUUCUUUAUUUAUCUGGGCCAUCAUAAAAACCUGCCCUAUAAAAAAAAGAAAUAGCAUAUCAUACUGCAACUCUUAAAAAGGCUUCCAUUAUGGAAGCUUUUUUAUUCAGUUAUCACAAAAACAUAGCCUGAUUUCAUAGAGCCACUAAGCUCAAAAUAGCUAAGCACAGCAAAAUUGUGCUUACCUGAAUAAGGUUAUGAGCCACAUUAUCUUGUCGCAUGUACAACCUGUAGCCUGCAUUUUUUUGAACAAUUGUUCAAUGAUAGUUUCUAUUUGAGCAGCUCUGAAAAAUUGGACCCUAGUCCUGAUUUCAUAGAGCUGCUUAAGCAGUAAGUAUUGCUUGACAAUUUUCUGCUAAGCAAAAAUCAGCAGGAUACCAGCCACAGAUUUCGUGACAUUGUAUUUUGGUUGGCAGCUGUAUUCUGGUAAGCGAAAUCUUACAGCACUUUACUCCUUUUUGUGCUAAAGCAGCUCUUUGAAUUUAGACCCAGAAUUGUCAAUAAUAACAAAAGCAAAAGGAAGGCUUUAUAAUAGUACCACCACAUUUAAACUCAUGACUAAUAUUCUCCCUGCAUUGUAUUUUCCUGGCUUGUACAUUGGACAAAACUCUGUGAUAUAAUUAACCAUGCAGAAAAGCAGCGUAACACAUGUAGUGUAACACAGGAACUUAUACAAAAUCUACCUCACCAUAUAACAAAAAGACAUGAUAUAAGCAUGACAACAAUAUUCUUGAAGGUUUUUUAUUUUAGUCUUGUUCGGAUGCAGAUCAAAUCCUAACCUAAACACUAGGGAAGCUAAUGUUUAGCAACCACUGCAGUAGUGCAAGCGUCUAUAUAUUUAUAUGUGCUGGAGCUUUAUUGUAUUUGACACAUCAAGGCAUUAAGGCAUUAAUGUUGACAUAUUAUGUGCAUUCGCAAAUUAGAUGGAGGUUUCCAUCAAAAUCCAUCAGCUAGUAUUCUCAAAGCUAUCAAAACUCUUGAAUUUAAAUGAAAAAUAGGCAAAUGUUUUUGCUGUUAUUUUGGUCAAUGCGAGACAAUGGUUAUAGCCUGAAUAUAUUUGGUUGCUGGAUUUUGAUGGAACCAUGUAAUUUUAAUGGAACCAUGUAAUUUUAAUGGAGCCAUUAUUCCAAGCUUGUAAUGUUUUAAACUUUUUUAAUCAAAAUGUAGCCAGCUGAGCUCAUACCUGUAUAGUGCAUACUGCAUGACGUUCUUGUUCAUUGUGAACAAGUGAUAGUUUUACGGUUGCUGAAAAGUGCAUUGACCGCACUCCUGCAGGCCUAAUGUCACAAUUUACAAUUUGUUCCCAUGGCAAUUUAUGUGGAGGCAACCUACUGCUUGGCAUCCAUGAGGAUUACUCCGCUAGAACAACAAUUUUAUGUUUUUUUUUUCUUGGUUGCCCUCAGCUUGUUGCUGUAUAUUUUCUUGUAUAACAUAACAAUACGAUUGCAUAUCACACAAUGCAAAAUUGCAAGCAGUUUCAACAUACAUGUUACUGGAAAUCUUGAACCAUCCUUGUCUGAUCCCCAGAAUACACCAUGAAAAUGACAGUUCAAACUCUCUAACCUAAAGAAGGUGACCAGACUUUUUUCCCCCAGCCUCAAUUUGGUGACUAUUUUGAUUUUGGAAGCCACAACUUUAAGCUCUAGAGUUGUCCGAGGCUCCAGAUAUGGCUUAGGCUUAAUCUACUGUUUUCAAAACUGAUGAUCUUGAUACAAAAACCACAUGACUAUAGACCUUAAUCACGGUGUGGCUAUCUUGAUUUUACUCCAUUCCAACUCAUUGUAACCAAAUUGAGGCUGGACCAAAUAACAGUCUGGUGCCAUGUUUGCACAAUGAAUGUUAAUAUUCAUUACUGUAAUUGGAAACAGGGAACAUGACCAAGAUGGUGACAGUGUGAUAAGGGACUAGAGUAGAGGUUUAAGCUCUGAGAGACACAGUCAGCUUGCAAAUUGGACACCUUUAUUAAAACACUUUCCUAAAAGGGGAAAAAGGUCCAGAAAUGUAUUCAAAAUACCAUGGAUUUCACGUUUUCAUAUUUUUAAAAUUUCUGUGAUGUAUGUCCUUUUUUAUUACGUUUAAUUUUAACAUAAUAAUAAUAAUAAUAGUUGUUAUUAUUAUUAUUAAUUUUAACGGUUAUCUAAUAGCAUUUUUUAUGAUGUUCUGUUUAUACCAAACUGCGCACAUGAUGUUUUUAAAUUACUUGGUAAGGUCAUUAUGUGGUAUGUUUUGUAGAGGAAUUUAGCUCUUUUGUUAAUACACAAAUCUGUUUUGUUAUUUUUAUAUGUCAGAAUUUGAGUUCAAAUAGAAACUUGUUUUCAACAUAUAGUGGAAAACAUCCCCCACCCAAGAAAAACACCUUUGUUGGAGGAUCUCUUUACACCAGAAAGAAAAAAGUGUACAAAAGAAAAUAACAUGAAAACAUCUCAGUUUAUAAAGCCAAAUGUAGGUUGAACAAACAUUUUGUCCCUCCGGAGAAACAUUUCGUUUUGUGGAAAGGACGCGGAGAAAAUGUUUAUCAAGUUUGAAAAGGUUGCUCUUGUAUAACUUGUUGCUAAAUUUGAAGGGGAAACAAACCCUUCUGUGAUGCAAACACAUGUGGAGGGUAUGUCAUGUGGUGGGGUUUGAGUUUGGGGAGGGGGGGGGCAUGAUAAAGUGCACAUUGAAAGAAAACAUAAUGGUAGAUGAUGGACUAAAUUGACAUAAUGUUUAACCCAACCUGAGAUGCGAGGUUAUAAUAACAUUACAGCCCAACCAUAAUUGAACAGGUUCUGUUAAAAUGUGACCUAGGGCCUAUUUCCAGAAAGCUGCUUAACGCUCAAAUGUGUUUACCAUCUUACAUAAUAUGUAUGUGUAUCAUUUGUUAUUGAUUCCCUGCUUAGCACAUGUAAUUGCUUUGUAACUUAUAAGCAUGUUAGCUUGAAAAUCUGCUUAAUAACGACAUGUUGCCUUAGCAGCCGAAAUGCUAUGUAAUGUUUAUAGGUACCAUGCUGAGUAACUAAAAUUGUUAAGCAGAAUUUGUCCUGCUAAGCUGCUUUAUGAAAGAGAGCUAAGUCAAGGAGUCAGAUCUUGUUAUUCUCCUAAAUGUGCAUGUAUAUAUUGUUGGACUGAUAAUACACAAGUUUGUUGACCUUGGUUUUUAACUGCUGUAUUUGCAACUCGUUGUGUCGGUGCAAAAGUGUUGUAUCUCAAUUUUGUAAUUGAUGUUGCAAUUUGCGCAGGAAAGGCUACUUGCAAAUUGUGUGUAAUUGCCAUUAUACCUAAUUUGGCAUUUGUUGUAAUCGUGACAAAGCUGUUAUAACAAUGAAUAGCCCCAUGGUCGGAUGCAUCAUUUGUGCAGUUUGUAACAUUCAGUUAUUUGUGAGAGACCUUUUUCCACGCCAUAUUGUUCCCUAUUGACACCAUCAAAAUGUUUAUAGUGUUAAUAUGGGAGUUCGUUAUCGUUUAAUAGUUUUUGUGUCAACAUAAAGAGUUUGCCGGUUUGAAUCACCAGUGGGGUAUAUCGAUUCGAAUUGAUUAUUUAAGUACUGGGAAUUCCUCUUUAAAAUCUAAAAUGAUUUCUAAGCCAUUGGUAGUUUGGCUAGGAUCGUUUUCACAACCGUGUGGCUGGUGGUUUUAUGACUGCAAAAACCGAGUAUGGUGUUCUAGUAUGUUAACCUGAAAGUCACAAUUUAUAGGCCUAGACGAUUCAGACCUCUUAUGCUGUGUACAAGAAUUCUUUAAAAAAAAUUAAAUUCUGUAAGUUGUUUGACAAAUUUUCAAGCACAUGCUCUCCUAGUCAUAUUAAUAUAAAAUUAGCAUUGUAUAAGUUAUCUAUUAUAUACAAUUGUUACACAGACAGUUAAAUCAACUGAUGGUCAUUUCAAUGUAUUAACAAAAAUAUUGACCUAAUACUUAACUACGUCAAUGAGUUACAAAGGGUAUAUUAUUAAGAAUAACUUAUUAAGAUAAGAAAACACUUUUUGAAAUUUAUGAACAUACCACCAGAAAAAAUUUCUCAGGUUCAAGAACAUAGUAAGUACAUGUUCGAGUAAAAAAAGGCUUUUUAAAUUUAAAACAACGCAAGCGAAAUUAAGUCUGUAAAUAAAAUAGAAUGUGAGGAGUAGAUGGGAAAAUGCUGCAGGGUAGUGGGUGAAGGUUGGGGUCUGGGCUUGGGUGUCACAGGUCUGAUUUCAUACAGCCGUUAAGCAAAGAAUAUAACUUUACAAAUUAAUCAGCUAAGCAAAAUUUAUAGUUGAACUUUUUAUGAGCAAUGGUAUGUUACCUGACAUCCUAUAUCUGGCAUUAUGCUUAGCAAGUUUGUUUGUGCUUAGCAGCUGUAUGAAAAUCGGACUGUGCUUGCAAUGGCUGCUAAAGUGCUUUUAUAAUUUCUGUUGAAAUGCCAUCCUUUUCUACUGACGGAACUGUAAACAAUGGGUUCAAACCUGUGGUAGGAAAGGUACAUUUGGCAGAGACAAACUGAAACUGAAGCAAAAUGGGUUUUUGUUUUAUGUUUUUUGUUUUUAUUGUGAUAGUCCGAAAAGCAAAAUGCUGUUUGUUUUAUAUUAACCAUAUGCUGCCUGUUCUUAGUAAUAUAGAUGAUGUAAAUAGAUAUUUUGCACAAAGUGGGAAGUGAUAGAUUUGCAUUGAUUGGGAAAGGUAUUGUUUGUAGCUCAGAGGGAUAGAUUGGAUGCAGGUUUAGUGUUGAGAGUGAAUCUGCUCGUGGAUCAUGGAAGUCUAGGGCCCAGUUUCAUAAAGCCUGUAAGCACACAAAUUUGACAAGCACAGACAAAUCUUGCUUAGCAGGAGCAGGUUACCAGCCAAUAUUCCAAAAACAAAAUACAAUAUUUUCUGUUAAAACGGCUUUAUGAGAUUAGACCCUGUUUGAUUGUUCAGUGCUCAAGGUUACAAUGCUGAUCACUGGUAAUGAAAACCAGUUGCCUGUGCUGUAUUUCAUUGGUCAGUGUGGAACUUAUGGUCAUGCGCGUGUGGAUAUUACAUUAAUGUACCUUCUUUGCUAAAGCCUGGUUCAUACAGGGAAUGUUUUGCUUGAGUUUAACAGAGCUGAACUGUUACGAAUUAUUUGUUGUGAAUUUGUGUCGUUAAAACUUGUAUUGCAUUCGCAUCUGCAGGAAGUUUGAACUGGGCUUUACUCGGCAAGUGAAGAAAGUUGGUGUUAUCCACGAAAGUAAUUGUGACCAUAAGAACAAGCUGUGCCGUACUUGUUUGCAGAGAGCUUAAUUUUGAAGAGAGCACUGGGCACUGGAAGUAUUUGUGGAUGUGUAGAUAGUCCACACUUGAUUGUGUGGAUAGUCCACACUUUCCACUUCAAAUCACAGAGCAGAUUGAAAUGGAAAGUUGUGAAUUGCAGACUUUGUAUUCAUGUAGUUAAUGUAUGAUUGUCAUCUUUGUUGAAGUAUCAGCUCAAUGAACUAGUGAAUAUCUUGGUGGAUACACUAUCAACUAAUGUAUCAAUAAGUGGAUAUCUGAUGACUCCAAAGUUUUGUACCUGAUUCCUCUUGGGUACAUGCUCUGUAUUUUUAAACAAUUACAAAACACAAUCAUGUUCUACGUCGAUUGUUUUCACUUCUUGAAACAAAUAUGGUUUGAAACUUUAAAACAAAACAAUUUUGUUGGUCAAAUCCCUUGAAUUAACGAUUCUUAAAAUGACCUAUUCAGAUUCUGGAAGAGACAUUUCUACGCAAUGAAAUUGGUAUUCAAUAUUUAAACUAAUUCAUUUUGAGUAUUUAAAAAGAAAUUGUAUGAAAUUUAAAAACAAUCUUCCACGAUAGUUCAGAAAUAGACUGCAAGUUUCAUGCUUAUUGAAAAAAAGAGAACAAAAAACCUACUAAAAUGAAGACUAUUUCUCGAUGAAAAAAAUCAUGCAAAAAUCUGUCUGAUGACCAUUGCAAGAGUUUUAAUCAUAACCGUUAGUUGGGCAAAAUUCUUAUUUUUUGGAAUUUUAAUUUUUUCACUUUCAUAUUUUGUCAUGGCUCAAUUUUGCUUUCCCUAAAGUAUGAUAUCAUUUGUAUAGCCAUUCAUAAACUAUUUGUUUGAAGAAACAGAUGUCUCGCAAGUGAAAAUACGCACGAGACUUGCACAGUCUUAACAUGGCCAAUUAUUGCCCCCCCCCAAGUGUCCUUUUUACUAUAAUAAUGAAAUAAUGAAACCAUGUGUUGAAAAUUCCAUUUGCAUAAAAACUUUACUUGUUUUACAAGAAUCAACUUUCAUAAAAAUGCUAAGCACGAAGUUGUACUCAGGUGAGAAAAUACCUAAAAGAAGACAAUAUGUGGCUAAUUUUAAGGCUGUGCCCAUAUGGACGACUUUGUCAGUGGCCAGGCCGAAUGGCUGAAAGUCCUAUUCUUUUCUAUUCCCAAGAUGCUACCCUUCAAAAAAUCAAAGACGCUGUCAGUAAAAUAUGUAUUCACAACUAAUGUGGAAUAUUUCCACUCUUAUUAGAUUUAAAAUGUUAUGGUCAUUUGCUGAUUUUUUAAAUAAUAUUUAUGUUCUUUAUUUAACUAGGCAGUUUCCCUCCGACAAGAAUUAGCAUUAAAUUCAAGUGCAGUUUGCUCAUUGUUUUUCUAAUACGUGCAUUCACUUGGAGAAACUUUUGUGAAGUCAAUGAUGGAGAAAAAGGACUACACCAGGAUACAGGUUAACACUUAGGCUGUUUACAUUAAGUGGGACCGAUUUCAUAAACAUGUAGAGCAGAAAACUCUGCUUAGCAUAUUUCUAUGCCGAGUAAGAAAUGAGUGGGGUACCGGUCGCAGCAAUGUACUGCAUGGUAUUUUGGCUGGUAAUCUUUGACUGCUAAGCAAAGUUUUUAGACUUACAGGCUUUAUGAAGUUGGUCCCUGGUCUAUUGUACGCUAGAUGAAGCCUAAACGUAAACGGUAUUAGGUAAAGGCCAGUCAAAUUAGUGGGUAAACCCCGAAAACGAGACUGGUAUCCCAUCUUAAUAUUAGAAAAUUAUGUAAUGGAAAGGUUUUAGACUGGUUACCUGUAUUCGUUUUUGCGUAUAUAUAUAUAUUGUAUGUUGUUUUUGUCAUGUCUGCAGAUGUUGUUGCAUAUUCACUAUUGAACAUGUUUUCAGGGAAUUUUAGCUGUAGGUGCAAACACAAGAGCAAAGCGUGUUCAACUGAUAUGUUAUUAUUGUCAUGUCUUUAUAACAAAUUUAAGAAAAAGCACUGAGUUUAUUUGUAGAUUAACUUUUGUAUGAAAAUGUGAUUAUUAGUAAAACAUAAACAGAUUUAACUAUUAAAAAUGACAAAAAUCUAA